AUGUGGCGCCCCGGCCCCGUCGUGAUGAUGAAGAAGAUGAGCGUCUUGUUGGUGGUGGUGCUGAUGAUCUUGUUCGGCGGCCCUCUUAGCACUAGUAGUGCCACUGCAUCAGCCGCAGGUGGCAACGCCACGAGAUCGGUAGGCAAUGGCAAGCACAAGCACCAGAAGCCGAAGCCGCUGGCGCCUGCCCUGAUCGUGUUCGGCGACUCCAUCGUGGACCCGGGUAACAACAACGACAUCCACACCAUCAUCAAGGCCAACUUCCCGCCCUACGGCAACGACUUGCAGAACCACCGACCCACGGGGAGGUUCUGCAACGGCAGGAUACCCACCGACUUCAUCGCCUCCCGCCUCGGCAUCAAGGACCUCCUGCCGCCCUACCUCUCCCCACAGCCGCUGGAGAAGCACGACCUCGUCACGGGCGUCAGCUUCGCCUCCGGCGGCACGGGGUUCGACCCGCUCACGCCGCAGCUGGCCUCCGUCAUCUCGCUCCCCGACCAGCUGACCAUGUUCCACGACUACCUGGCCAAGGUGCGCGACGCCGCCGGGGACGCCAGGGCCUCGGAGAUCCUGUCCCGGGGCAUCUUCGCCAUCUGCGCCGGCAGCGAUGACGUGGCCAACACCUACUUCACGCUGCGCGCGCGGAGCAACUACGACCACGCCUCGUACGCGCAGCUCCUGGUGCAGCACGCCACGGGCUUCGUGGAGGACCUCAUCCGCGCCGGCGCGCGCCGCGUCGCCUUCAUCGGCAUCCCGCCCAUCGGCUGCGUCCCGUCGCAGCGCACCAUGUCUGGCGGGAUCGACCGCGGGUGCUCGCAGGGCCACAACGAGGUCGCCGUCGCCUACAACGCCGGGAUGGUGCAGCAGCUGGCGGCGCUGAGGGCAAAGUACCCCGGCACGCUGCUCGUGUUCAUGGACAUCUACGGCUUCCUGUACGACAUGAUGAUGCACCCGCGCAGCUACGGCUUCACGGAGUCCACCAGGGGAUGCUGCGGCACGGGGCUCCUCGAGGUCUCCGUCCUCUGCAACGGCGUCACCUCCGCCGUGUGCCAAGACGUCGGCGACUACCUCUUCUGGGACAGCUACCACCCCACGGAGAAGGCGUACAAGGUCCUCGCCGACUACGUCUUCGACAACUACGUCGAGCUCAUCCUCGUCUAG